AUGACGACCAUAGUCCAGGGACGUAGGUCCCAAUCUUACGAGCCUUUGCUCCUGGAGAACGAGAGGGAAGCUGUAGCAGACUUGCUGCAGUACCUCGAAAACCGAACCACCACCAACUUCUUCACAGGCUCUCCACUAUCAGCCCUCACGACCCUCUCCUUUUCUGACAACGUCGAUCUUCAACGAAGUGCUGCGCUUGCGUUUGCAGAGAUCACGGAGAAGGAAGUACGACCCGUCGGUCGUGAUACCUUGGACCCCAUUCUCUUUUUACUGAGCAGCCAUGACACAGAAGUGCAGCGAGCUGCAAGCGCAGCUUUGGGUAAUUUGGCCGUUAACAGUAUGCUUGCGAAUCUUAAUCUUAAAUUAGCUGACAACAAGCUGUUGAUCGUGAAACUGGGCGGCCUGGAGCCUUUAAUUCGCCAAAUGCUCAGUCCUAAUGUGGAAGUGCAAUGCAAUGCCGUUGGCUGUGUCACAAACCUCGCCACCCAUGAUGACAACAAGACCAAGAUAGCUAAAUCGGGUGCCUUGGUUCCCCUAACUCGACUUGCACGCUCGAAAGAUAUGCGGGUCCAGCGAAACGCUACUGGCGCUCUCCUCAACAUGACCCACUCAGACGAAAACAGGCAACAACUGGUCAACGCAGGCGCAAUUCCAGUUCUCGUGAGCCUCCUCAAUUCACCUGAUACUGAUGUGCAGUACUAUUGUACUACCGCCUUAAGCAAUAUUGCGGUUGACGGUUCCAACAGGAAGAAGUUGGCUCAAAGUGAACCUAGACUGGUCACAAGUCUGGUCAUGCUCAUGGAUAGCUCAAGCCUGAAGGUUCAGUGCCAGGCAGCCCUGGCCCUCAGAAAUCUUGCUAGCGAUGAGAAAUACCAGCUCGAGAUUGUAAAAGCUGAUGGGUUGCAAUCCUUACUACGACUUUUGCAAUCAUCCUACCUUCCGCUUAUCCUCUCUUCCGCGGCAUGUGUGCGCAAUGUUUCCAUUCAUCCACAAAACGAAUCUCCCAUUAUCGAAUCCGGUUUUUUGCAACCUCUUAUCAAUCUCUUAUCAUUCAAAGACAACGAGGAGGUUCAAUGUCACGCUAUCUCAACGCUCCGUAAUCUGGCAGCAAGUUCUGAGAAGAAUAAGACAGCGAUUGUGAAAGCAGGCGCGGUCCAGUCGAUUAAAGAAUUGGUUCUUGAAGUUCCUAUCAACGUACAGAGUGAAAUGACGGCCUGCGUGGCUGUACUCGCGCUUACAGACGAACUCAAGGGCCAACUACUGGAGAUGGGAAUUUGUGAGGUGUUGAUCCCAUUGACCAAUUCUCCCAGUUCGGAGGUUCAAGGGAACAGUGCAGCAGCCCUGGGUAACCUUUCCUCUAAGGAUGACUACUCGUCAUUCAAUGAUGUUUGGGACAAGCCUGAUGGGGGAAUGCACAAAUAUUUGUAUCGAUUUUUAACUAGUCCAGACGCUACAUUCCAGCACAUCGCUGUCUGGACUAUUGUGCAGCUGCUCGAAUCGGGUGAUCCUCAAUUAAUCAGUAAUAUCAGAAGCUCAAACUUGUUGAUCCCGAACAUCCGUAAUCUAGCAAGCUCUCGAACUUCGUCUCCUACCUCAUCCAUUGGGACCCCACACUCACAUCACUCCCAACAUUCAUAUCAAGAUACCGAUGCCGGCGACGGUCAAGGAGAAAUUCAGCUCCUCGCCCGCAGAAUCCUAGACUUCGUUGAUGGUGAUAUUGAUGGAUUGGUUCCCUCAAGCGUACCUGGUUCUCACAUGCAGCCGGGAUCCUCAGUUGGCAGCUCGACCGGACGCGACCACGAAGAGCUUAGGCGGAGCGUUCGGGAAGCUUUUGCGCCAGGAUCGCACCGUUAA